UGCCUUUCCUUUCCUCUAUAAAUACCCCAGUAACCCUGUGUUUUUCUCCACAUCACCAUAAACUUUCAAAGAAAAUGAGUGGUGGUGGAACGGAGUCGAUGGCACGACCAACUCCGCCCAACGUUGGCGGCGAUGGCGGUGGCACGAAUAGCCAGCACAGCACAGAGCGUUGUGGCUAUGGUUUUCAUAUGCCGUUGCAUUACCCAAGAUACACUCGAUCAGAAUAUGAGAACAUGCCAGAAUGGAAGCUGGACUGUUUGCUUACUCAGUAUGGACUGCCCAUCAAUGGAAAUGUUAACCAAAAGAGGAAGUUUGCCAUGGGAGCUUUUCUUUGGACCUAUUAAGAGCCUGCAGAUUCCCUUCUUCUCUCUAUGUAAAACUUUUUAAUAUUGCAGUUUGUUUUUCGUGUAUAAAGUUAAAACUUUCUCUCAUAAUAUGAAAAUGGGUUGAUCGUAUGGUUUAGUUUCUA